CCCAUCUCACUAGCAGUUGAAAAAAACAAAAAGAAAAAGGAUUUAGAUUCACCGUUGAUCACCUACACACUUUUUUAUUAUCAGGGAGUCCAGCAACUACAUCUUGAAUUCUCUUGUUUCAUUUUGGCCGGCACAGAUUCCAAAAAGGCAGAGCCCAAAAAAACAAAAAAGAUGACGCGCCAACCUCGUCCUCCACCGACGGCAUCGCAGCUGACGCGCCGGCAAUUCCUCUGCAUGCCCAUUAUCAUCCUGCUCUACACCGCCGCAGUCCCCUUCACGCCCGUGGCCUGGCUGGUCAACGGGGUCGAAGGCGCAUACCUCGUUGACCGGUUCGUCGCGGGCAUCGUCUUGCUCUGUGGAUGUUAUUUCCAAUGGAAGAUCUCGGGGAUCGCGUACCCGACCUUCAUCACCAUCUCGAACCCUUUGGCGCAGGACAGCUCGAAUUACAUCCGCAACGGGAGAGUGGGAGCGACGCCCACCGCCGCAACCACCAUGUACGAGUUUAUAUACCACCCGGGCGACUACCUGUUGUAUACCGGGGGCGAGGUGCUGGUGUUGCUAUUCGCGGAGUUUGCCGGGUUUGAGCUAUUGAGAAGGGUGAUUGUUUGUGGGGUUCUGGGUGGAUUGUGGGUUGUGGGAUGGUCGAUUACGCCGAGGUCUACGAAGGAAUGGGCGUGGUCGCAUAUCAAAGCGCUGUGGUUUUGGAUCGUGCUGGAUGUGCUUAGGGAUAGCAUGUUCGGGGGAGGGAGGAGGAGGCGUUGA